CAGAGAAAUGACAACUCCAAGUCCUCAGGAAAUAUCAACUGUCACAUUGAACUCUUUGUCGAAGGAAGAACGAAAGAAAGCAAUUCUGGCCUUACAAACAAAGAAAAACGAAAUCAAAUUAGUUAUUGAUGAACAUCAGAAGAAAUUAGCUGAGUUUCGACAAUCGAUUCCUGAUGGGUGCUGUGAAAUGUUCGAAAACGAAAAGAAAAUUCGUCUGAAACAUAGUUCCACGGCCGAACUUCUUCCACAUUUACAAAAAGUAGGCUCGAGCAGUGUCGACAAAGAGAAAAUGAUCAACAACAUUCGGCAAAGAGUUGAAGUUCAAGUUGCUGACCAGGAGACUUUUAAGAGUAUCGAAGAACGGAAUGAACUGUUGCGUCGAGAAAACGAGAAUCUCAAAAAAGAAGUCAAUACCGUGGCAGCCGAACUCCUGCAAGAAUUUGAAAGUUAUGAAUAAACUUGUGAACAUUUAUUUUCGAUACCACGUGUAUUUCUCAUUAAACAUUUUCAUCCACAUUUUUAUUGUAUCAAUUCAUUUCUUUUAACUCUCUAAUAAAGAUCAUGGGAUUCAAAA